AUGGCGGGCAGUCCUUUUCCAGGAGAUCUUAGGCUGACCCAGAUCCCAGACAGAGAAAGAGUGUCUAGAAUUCAACUGCAGCUGUUACCGGAAGAUGCGGAUGCAGGGAACCAGGACCCAUCAUCAGUAGAAAGAAGAGGAGCCUAUUCCGCUACCAGGAAGCCUAAUAGAGAAGCUAUUUUGCAUUUCUUCCUUUCUGUCUCUUGGACGCGGACCAGGGAAGACGCAGGAGAUCCAAGACCGAGCAACAGCCGCCAACAUUGGCCAAAGCGGGACGCGGACCAGGGAAGACGCAGGAGAUCCAAGACCGAGCAACAGCCGCCAACAUUGGCCAAAGCGGGACGCGGACCAGGGAAGACGCAGGAGAUCCAAGAUCGAGCAACAGCCGCCAACAUUGGCCAAAGCGGGACGCGGACCAGGGAAGACGCAGGAGAUCCAAGACCGAGCAACAGCCGCCAACAUUGGCCAAAGCGGGACGCGGACCAGGGAAGACGCAGGAGAUCCAAGACCGAGCAACAGCCGCCAACAUUGGCCAAAGCGGGACGCGGACCAGGGAAGACGCAGGAGAUCCAAGACCGAGCAACAGCCGCCAACAUUGGCCAAAGCGGGACGCGGACCAGGGAAGACGCAGGAGAUCCAAGACCGAGCAACAGCCGCCAACAUUGGCCAAAGCGGGACGCGGACCAGGGAAGACGCAGGAGAUCCAAGACCGAGCAACAGCCGCCAACAUUGGCCAAAGCGGGACGCGGACCAGGGAAGACGCAGGAGAUCCAAGACCGAGCAACAGCCGCCAACAUUGGCCAAAGCGGGACGCGGACCAGGGAAGACGCAGGAGAUCCAAGACCGAGCAACAGCCGCCAACAUUGGCCAAAGCGGGACGCAGACAAGGGAAGACGCAGGAGAUCCAAGACCGAGCAACGGCCGCCAACAUUGGCCAAAGCGGGACGCAGACCAGGGAAGACGCAGGAGAUCCAAGACCGAGCAACAGCCGCCAACAUUGGCCAAAGCGGGACGCGGACCAGGGAAGACGCAGGAGAUCCAAGACCGAGCAACAGCCGCCAACAUUGGCCAAAGCGGGACGCAGACAAGGGAAGACGCAGGAGAUCCAAGACCGAGCAACGGCCGCCAACAUUGGCCAAAGCGGGACGCAGACCAGGGAAGACGCAGGAGAUCCAAGACCGAGCAACAGCCGCCAACAUUGGCCAAAGCGUUGUAUAUUUUGAGGGACGCAGACCAGGGAAGACGCAGGAGAUCCAAGACCGAGCAACAGCCGCCAACAUAGGCCAAAGCGUUGUAUAUUUUCAGGGACGCGGACCAGGGAAGACGCAGGAGAUCCAAGACCGAGCAACAGCAGCCAACAUUGGCCAAAGCGGUACAGGGUUAGGCUGGUGUGGUUCUGCAGAAGGAGCAGUCGGUAACCUGCCAGCUGGAGUUCAGCGAUGGACUGUGGCCAAUCCAAGACGCCAGGGUGGAAGCUUAGGCUGUGCUGGAUCUAGAGGUGAAGAGGAAAGCAUCAGACAGAAGAAGCGUCCACUGCAGCCAACCCCCGAAGUGAGAGUAAGAUUGAAACUUGACUUUCUCUUUGCACAGGAGGAGAUUAAGGCUGAGCAGAAUCCCACAGUAAGAGAGAGUGUCUUCAAUGCAACUGCAGACUUCACCAGAAGAUGCGGAUUGCAACCUGUAUGA